CCCUCCAAGGGUCAGCAAGAGUGCUAGGCGGUCAAGAGGCCGGGGAUGGAGGUCUGGGUGGCGUGGAGCAACCGGCCGGGGGCCGGACGUGACCGGCAGACUCAGGGCUUGACCCACAGGCUCACACAAAAGAGGCCGGAAAGUGUCCGGAGGAAGCGGCGCGUCACGGGGGACGGAGCCUGGACCCUGCCGCGGCCGCCCAGCUGCGUCCCGGGGACACGGCCCGCACACCCAGCCGCACUGCCGCCACCGCCUGCACCGCGGCCGCCGCCAAUGAAACUCCUCCCGCUCCUAGUGGGUUUUUCCACUUUCCUGAAUUGUUCCUACACUCAGAACUGCACCAAGACACCUUGUCUUCCAAAUGCAAAAUGUGAAAUACGAAAUGGAAUUGAAGCCUGUUACUGCAACAUGGGAUUUUCAGGAAAUGGUGUCACAAUUUGUGAAGAUGAUAAUGAGUGUGGAAAUUUGACCCAGUCCUGUGGUGAAAAUGCCAACUGCACUAACACAGAGGGAAGUUACUACUGUAUGUGUGCACCUGGUUUCAGAUCCAGCAGUAACCAGGACAGGUUUAUCACAAAUGAUGGAACCUUCUGCAUAGAUAUAGAUGAGUGCAGUGGACCAGCUGCCUGUGGUGAUCAUGCGGUAUGUGAAAACGUGGACGGUGGGUAUAAUUGCUCCUGCAAGGAAGGUUAUCAGACAUCCACAGGAAAAUCUCAGUUCACGCCUAAUGAUGGCACUUACUGCCAAGAAAAUGUGAGUGCAGACUGCCAUCUAGAUAAUGCCUGUAUUGCUGCAAAUAUUGAUAAGAUGUUAACAAAAAUUAGACACAUAAAAGAACCUGUGGCUCUACUACAAGAAGUCUAUAGAAAUUCUGUGAAAGAUCUUUCACCGAUGGAUAUAAUUACAUAUAUAGAAAUAUUAGCUGAAUCAUCCCCAUUACUGGGUGACAUGAAUAGCACUAAUUCAACCAAGGACACUCCUUCUAAUUCAACUCUUACUGAAUUUGUAAAAACUGUGAAUAAUUUUGUUCAAAAGGACACAUUUAUCGUUUGGGACAAGUUACCUACGAAUCGUAGAAGAACUCAUCUUACAAAACUGAUGCAUGCUACUGAACAGGCUACCUUAAGGAUAGCUCAGAACUUCCAAAAGACCACUCAGUUCGAUACUAAUUCAAGUGAUAUAGCUCUCAAAGCUUUCUGUUUUGAUUCAAAUCACAUGAAAUAUAUUCAUCCCCAUAUGAAUGUGGAUGGAGAUUAUAUAAAGAUAUUUCCAAAGAGAAAAGCUGCAUAUGAUUCAUAUGGCAAUGUUGCAGUUACAUUUUUAUAUUAUAAGAGUAUUGGUCCCUUGUUUUCAUCAUCUGACAACUUCUUAUUGGAACCUCAAAGUUAUGAUAAUUCUGAAGAGGAAGAAAGAGUUGUUUCUUCAGUGAUUUCAGUCUCUAUUAGCUCAAACCCACCCACACUGUAUGAACUUGAAAAAAUAACAUUUACCUUAAGUCACAUAAAGACCACAGAUAAGUAUAGGAGUCAGUGUGCAUUUUGGAACUACUCACCUGACACCAUGAAUGGCAGCUGGUCUUCAGUGGGUUGUGAGCUGACAUACUCAAAUGAGACCCAUACCUCAUGCCGCUGUAACCACCUGACACAUUUUGCAAUUUUGAUGUCUUCUGGUCCUUCCAUUGGUAUUAAAGAUUAUAAUAUUCUUACAAGGAUCACUCAACUAGGAAUAAUUAUUUCACUGAUUUGCCUUGCCAUAUGCAUUUUUACCUUCUGGUUCUUCAGUGAAAUUCAAAGCACCAGAACGACAAUUCACAAAAAUCUCUGCUGUAACCUAUUCCUUGCUGAACUUGUUUUUCUGGUUGGGAUCAAUACAAAUACUAAUAAGCUCUUCUGUUCAAUCAUUGCUGGGCUGCUGCAUUAUUUCUUUUUAGCUGCCUUUGCAUGGAUGUGCAUUGAAGGCAUACACCUCUAUCUCAUUGUUGUGGGUGUCAUCUACAACAAGGGAUUUUUGCACAAGAAUUUUUAUAUCUUUGGCUAUCUCAGCCCAGCUGUGGUAGUUGGAUUUUCAGCAUCACUAGGAUAUAGAUAUUAUGGCACCACUAAAGUAUGUUGGCUUAGCACAGAAAACAACUUUAUUUGGAGUUUUAUAGGACCAGCAUGUCUAAUCAUUCUUGUUAAUCUCUUGGCUUUUGGAUUUAUCAUAUACAAAGUUUUUCGUCACACUGCAGGGUUGAAACCAGAAGUUAGUUGCUAUGAGAACAUAAGGUCUUGUGCCAGAGGAGCCCUUGCUCUCCUGUUCCUUCUUGGCACCACCUGGAUCUUCGGGGUUCUCCAUGUCGUGCACGCAUCAGUGGUAACAGCUUACCUCUUCACCGUCAGCAAUGCUUUCCAGGGGAUGUUCAUCUUCUUAUUCCUGUGUGUCUUAUCUAGAAAAAUCCAAGAAGAAUAUUAUAGAUUGUUCAAAAAUGUCCCUUGUUGUUUUGGAUGUUUAAGGUAAAAAUAGAGAACUGUGGAUAAUUUUUGCUCUACAUAAGAAAACCAAGCUGUGGAUGGCCAAUGUAUAAAAAUGACUUGAAUCAAUGAUCUAAUUAUUAAUUACUAGAUAAGUAUUUUAAAUCCAUUUUUCUGUUUACAGUGUAGAAACUGUAGAUAAGAUACCAUAAUUAUGUACCAUAUAGCUAUAGUUUGCUUUCCCACAUGACAUAGUUAGUUAUGUCAAAAUAGUAUUGCAAAUAUUUGAAAAGUAAUUGGUUUCUCAGGAGUGAUAUCACUGCGCCCAAGGAAAGACUUUCUUUCUAACACAAGAAAUAUAUGAAUGUCCUGAAGGAAACCACUGGAUUGAUAUUUUUGUGACUCAUGUUGCCUUUGAAACUAGUCCCCUAUCACCUUAGUAAUGAGCUCUGUUACAGAAAGUGGAAUAUGAGAGAAUGAAGGGGCAGAAUGUAAAGCAGUAAAAAGGAAAUGGCUAUUAUAACAAUGAGAUGUAUUUUGAGUGAACUUGUUUUUUUUGUAAAUUAAAUGAGAAAUUAUAGCUGAAAUAAUUGAAUAAACACUUCUUACCACUGCAUGAAUUUUUCUGAACUUAAAUUUAUACUAAAACAACUUAGACCUUUUCUAUAUUUAUUUUCUUUCCUAAUAUUCGAAAAAAACCCACAAAACUUUACAAAUGAAAAGGCAGGCAAUUAUGUUCUGGUUUUUGGGUUAACAUCAUAAGGAGGUAUGUGCUGUUUCCAUACUAAUUUCAUAGAUUAUAACUUCAAAUCUUUAAUCAGAAAUACAUAAAUGUGUCAAACUAUAAUAUUUUUCAUGGCUGUAAAUGUAAAAAUAGUGUAUAUAAAAAUUGAAGUAUUCUCUUCUAUAACCUUUCAGUGUAGUGAAUAAUAUCGGAUCUCAUUAGGCUAGUAUAUUUGAGUUCUUUAUUUCUUUUAAUUUUGGAAAUAUUAUAGUUCACAUGACAAUAUUCCCUUUUAACUUACUAUUUUUAAAAGGGCAUUGUAAAUAUGAAAGUAUUCAGAAAGUGAAUUGCCAUUUUUUUCUGUUCAGAAAAGUACACAUUUUAAAAUGUUAUUUAUAACAAAGGAAUCACUGAGAACUGUAGAAAUGUUCGCAGUGGAUAUAUUUUCUGACAGUUUUCUACUAUCUAUUAAAGCAUAUCUGCUUAAAUGUAUGGUUUCUAUCUAUCCUCAAAUCUUCUCAUUAAAAUGUGGAAGCAGGGAUUUUAUUUCAAAAAUAUGUAAUUGUCUGCACCUGCCUGUAGAAGUAUGCCAACACACUAAAUGUUGUGAUUUUAAUUUCUCCAGCUUUUAAAAUGAAGUCUGUCAAAACUUGCUCUAACAAAUAAAAUGUUAUCUAAAUGAA